AUGAGUUAUUCCAUUUCCACACGUUCUAUAAGCCUGAUGUGUUUCAUCACCCUGUUUCUAUUGCUUGUUGCAACCACCCAUGCUAGGAUCCUAGACCAAAAACAACAAAUAAGCUUUGCAGAACAAUUCUCAAUUCCCCAGAAUGCUUACCCAGAUCAAGAACAAGAAAGAAGCUUUGCAGAUCAAUUUGUGAUUCCUCAGAAUGCUGCUCGGUCCAAGGUCAGAGUGCCACCAUUGGUGUGGAGCGCAAAACUGGAAAGUUACGCGCAGUGGUAUGCGAAUAUAAGGCGCAAUGACUGUGCCCUUGAACACUCCAACGGGCCAUAUGGUGAAAAUAUAUUCUGGGGUGGCGGAGCAGGGUGGACCCCAGCACAAGCUGUCAACGCUUGGGUUGAAGAGGUGCAAUGGUACAAUUACGACCUUAAUUCUUGUGCUGAAGGACAGAUGUGUGGACAUUAUACUCAGAUUGUGUGGAACACCACAAUGAACGUUGGUUGUGCCAGUGUUACUUGCACUGGUGAUAAGGGUACGUUCAUCACUUGCAACUAUGAUCCUCCUGGUAACUAUGUUGGAGAAAGACCUUACUGA